AUGGCGAUGACACGAGACGUAUUCAAAGUAUUGCUUGUUAAGCUUCGGGUUGAUCAAAUGCAGGACACGAUGAUCGUGAACAUGGCGAUGACACAAGACGUAUUCAAAGUAUUGCUUGUUAAGCUUCGGGUUGAUCAAAUGCAGGACACGAUGAUCGUGAACAUGGCGAUGACACAAGACGUAUUCAAAGAUGCCUUCUCUGUUGUGAGGAGUCUGAAAUCAGAUAUUGUGACAACUAAUGUAGCAUUUAGACAACACAAUAUUGCAUUCAUGCUGAAGACGCUCAGAUGUUGUGAUAUAACGCUGGAAGAUAUUGAUAGGCUGCCAAUUAUUCACAUCACUGGAACAAAGGGGAAGGGACCGACAUCGGCAUUUUGUGAAAGUAUUCUCAGACACAGCGGAUACAAGACUGGAUUUUUCAGCUCUCCUUCCCUGGUCAAAUUGAACGAGAGGUUUCGAAUCAACGGUCAGCCUCUAUCUGACGAAGACUUCUGCUCUUACUUUUUCGACGUCUACAACAAAAUAGAACCCAUAUUGAAAGACAUGCAAGACAGAGAACUUCCAGUGUUCUUUUGUUUUUUCACAACCAUGGCUUUCACCGUGUUCAUUAAAGAAAAGGUCGAUGUAGUUGUGAUGGAAGUUGGUAUUGGUGGACAGUUUGACUGCACGAACGUCAUUCGAUCCCCCGUUGUGUGUGGAGUUACUUCCCUUGGAUUGGAUCACGUUGAUACGCUAGGCGACACGAUAGAAAAAAUAACGUGGCAUAAAGCUGGGAUUUUUAAGAAGGGAGCACCCGCUCUGACUGUCAGUCAGCCAUCAGAAGCCGACGCCGUUCUCUUUGAGCGAUCACAGGAGAUUGGGGCACCUCUGUACCGAAUUCCAACCCUACACGAGUUCUGUGCCGCGGGUCAACAGAUACGUUUGGGUAUCGAGGGAAACAUUCAGUUCGUGAACGCGGGACUCGCUCUACAGCUGUGUCGGGUAUUUGUAAACAGAACCAACAAAGAAAAUCAGUAUGUCUAUGAUGUGUUGUCUGUACCCAGUGUGAAGGACAUUCCUAUGUUACCUGUCUAUCAACUCAGCACUGACGAAACUGAAGGACUGGCCAGGUGUUCGUGGCCCGGCAGGGCUCAGACGAUCUGUCGCCCUCGACUCACCUACUACCUGGACGGAGCUCACACCAAGGAGAGCAUGCAGCAAUGUGUUGAGUGGUUCUCGGAGAAAUCAGAGAAGGAGGCAGCUACUAUUAAGUGA